UCAGGGAGGACAUGUACUCUCAGGAUUCCAUCGACCUCCUUGCUAGCUCUGGGCUGCAGUUCCAGAAGCACGAAGAAGAAGGGAUCGAUACCCUGCAUUUUGCUGAGUUGCUUAUGACAUCUGGGGUUGUCCUUAGUGACAGUGUGAAAUGGCUGUCCUUCCACAGUGGUUAUGACUUUGGCUACAUGGUGAAGUUGUUGACAGAUUCCAGGCUACCAGAAGAGGAACAUGAAUUUUUCCAUAUCUUGAACCUUUUCUUCCCAUCUAUCUAUGAUGUAAAGUACUUAAUGAAGAGCUGCAAAAACCUCAAGGGUGGCCUUCAAGAAGUGGCAGAUCAGCUGGAUUUGCAGCGAAUUGGACGACAACACCAGGCAGGAUCGGACUCUCUUCUCACGGGAAUGGCAUUCUUCAGAAUGAAAGAGUUGUUUUUUGAGGAUACAAUUGAUGACGCAAAGUAUUGUGGGCGGCUGUAUGGCCUUGGCACCGGAGUUGCGCAGAAACAAAAUGAAGAUGUGGACUCGGCCCAGGAGAAAAUGAGCAUUUUGGCUAUUAUCAACAACAUGCAGCCAUGAUACGCGGUAACCCUCAGCAGAACAUGGCUACCAUAUUGGCAGCUGCUAUCCUCAACCCUUUUCCCUAAUAGUGUCUCAAACAAAAGGUAUCUUCAGUAUACAGCCUGCAGAAGGCCUGCAGUUUUGCUGAAGAGCUGCAUCUUCCUUUGAAACCCAAAAGAAGAGUUGACUGAAUUCCUAAUGCCAGCAUUUGUGGUUUGCCAUCUUUUUAAUACCAAGGGCAAAAGACAGAACCUACUGUGUAUACCUCUGUUUUUUUCCUCUUUAUACUGUACAGAACCUGCAAGGAAGACUUUAACGGUAGAAUAUUCAGUAGAGCUAGGAGUUUGGAAAUCCAGUGAAGAUGGACACAGACGUGCACACAAAUUUGCAAACUGUGCUUUAUAAAGCUUAUUUUAAAACUUCUGCAUGUUGUGAGGGUGACUGCUUCACCUCAUGAUUUGCUUAUUUUAUCUUGGUGUAGUCUGUGGAAAUUGCUCCCUUUGAUCACUGCAGAGGUUUGGGAAGAGAUGACAUUAAACAUUAUCCUUGCAGCUAAAAAUAUUCAGAGAUUUGCUUUAACAGCAGUGGGAAUGGAUAUUACUGGAGCUGAUUUGAUCAGCUCUCCAUAGUUUCUAAUUCUGUAUGGUACAGGUUUGACCCACACUGAACCUCAGCUUAGUUCUUACGGGUAUUAAUAAACUGUUCUGGAAAUAGAUAAAGAGAGCCUAAAAGUUCACCUUUGCUCAAGGACCUUUUGAUAGGGGAUUGGACCAAUACUCUGACUUCACUCAUUCUUCAGCUUAACCUACAAAUUUUAUUCUCAUUGCAACACAAGUAGUUCAGCUGAUGGUUAAAUAUUUGUUCCUCUUCUCCCUCCCCUUCUCCUAUCCCUAAUUUUACUAUAUGCUUAACAAGAUAAAACAGCUCCAUUUCUCUUCAUUAUAAACAUCUGAAAAGUAGCUAGAGGAUGGAAGAACAAUUUGGGAUUCUGACUUUUUAAAAAAUGAGCUAUUCUAUAAUAUUUUUUAUUCAACAGCUCUGUAAUUAAAUUUCUUAA